UGGAGGAAAAAAAGGCUUAAAUAAUCAGAGUCAACACAAGUGAAAUUAAACCUCUGAAUUCAUCAGCUAUGGUUACUGACACUGCUGAUGUCCAAAGCCAGAGCAAAGAAUCUCAUCAUCACAGGAAGGAUUCUGUUUCUAUUAGCAUGCCAUCUUCUCCCUUCAGGAGUGAUGAAUUCCAGACUCCUAAAAGCGUUGCUUUUAAUCUCAGCGAAAAAGAAUCUAGUACAAUGAUUUCAGAUUCUACUGCUGGAGGAAUUCCAAUGCAUGCAAAGUCUCAUUCUCAGCCUAUACCUAAAGGGUUUGUAGUAGAAAGGACAGUUGAGAAUAUAAAUUUCAUCCAUCAUCCAAGUAGAGCUAGUAGGUUCAGGGAUAGAAGGUUUGAUUCUUUCAAAACAUGGUCUGGAAAACUUGAGAGGCAGCUGACAAACCUCCGCGGUGGAAGGCCACAGGAAGUUGGACCGGAAGAGGAAACCAAGAAAUCAGAAAUGGAAACUAAUUUGCCUGUUGACAGAUAUUUUGAUGCACUGGAAGGGCCUGAAUUGGACACCCUUAGAGCUUCAGAGCAGAUAUUGCUUCCAGAAGACAGGACUUGGCCAUUUCUUCUCCGUUUUCCCGUCUCUUCAUUUGGUAUCUGUCUCGGAGUUAGCAGCCAAGCAAUUUUAUGGAAAACUUUGGCCACCUCUGAAUCCACAAAGUUUCUCCACAUAACCCCACUUAUAAAUCUUGUUCUGUGGUUCAUAGCCGUUGCUCUUGUGGUUGUUAUCUUUUCAGUCUACCUUAUGAAAGUAAUUUUUUACUUUGAAGCCGUUCGUCGCGAGUAUUACCAUCCAAUUCGUGUCAACUUCUUCUUUGCUCCUUGGAUAGCCCUACUGUUUUUAGCUAUGGGAGUCCCACCUUCAAUUACUAAGACCUUACCUGGAGCCCUUUGGUAUGUUAUUAUGACUCCAAUAUUUUGUUUUGAGCUUAAGCUCUAUGGACAGUGGAUGUCAGGAGGCCAACGCAGACUUUCAAAGGUGGCUAAUCCUUCAAAUCAUCUAGCAAUUGUUGGCAACUUUGUGGGGGCAUUAUUGGGGGCAUCCAUGGGGCUAAAAGAAGGGCCUCUUUUCUUCUUUGCCGUUGGCCUGGCUCACUACACAGUCCUGUUUGUUACUCUCUACCAAAGACUUCCAACAAAUGAAACGCUCCCAAAGGAACUCCAUCCUGUGUUCUUUUUGUUCGUCGCAGCGCCUAGUGUUGCUUCUAUGGCAUGGGCAAGGUUGCAAGGUUCAUUUGAUUAUGGAGCACGGAUCGCCUACUUCAUUUGCUUGUUCCUUUAUUUCUCACUGGCAGUUCGAAUCAAUUUUUUCCGAGGAUUCAAGUUCUCAUUGGCUUGGUGGGCAUACACAUUCCCAAUGACUGGUGCUGCAAUUGCUACCAUUAGGUACUCAAAUGAAGUCACCAAUGUAGUAACUCGAAUUCUUGCUGUUACACUCUCUUCAAUUUCCUCACUCGUUGUAACAGCUCUCCUUGUAACUACAAUACUCCACGCCUUUGUGCUCCGAGACCUCUUCCUUAAUGACAUUGCCAUUGCCAUUAGUGAAAAAAGGCCAAAACACCACCAUCACAGAAAGUGGCUCCAUCAUCUAAGACAUGGAAGCUCAGACCACAAAGAUAUUGAAAAUUACUUGAAAUUUUCUCCGGAAGGUAAGUAUGUAGAAGCUUGUGUAGAUCCUCGUAGUACUGAUAAUGAAGAGAGUAUUGAGAAUAAAUUGUGAGCUAUUUUUGGCCCAAGUAGUGUUCAGGAGUAUGUGUUAAAUGUUUGAUCCUCGCCAUUUUCUGAAUCUUCAUCAUUGAAUCAUGUGAGGAACAUAUAUUAUAAUCUAGGAAGUCUAAACAGUUCCAGUGACCAUGCUCAGAAAUGAGAUGAAGAUUCAUGCUGCAGGGAUGAUGUAAUGUAAAACAGUUGUAUUAGUUAAUAAUCAGAUAGCAUUUAUGUAAA